AUGCUGAAAAGAACCUUCUUCUCCAAAACCCCUACUUCCACUGUCCUCAGCUUCUCUACCUCAUUAUCUUCUGCAAACCCACGAUACAAUCUCACUACCUGGAUUAAUGCUUCUCUCCAACAAUGUGCUAUUAACAAGAACCUCAAAAAGGGUCAACAAAUUCAUGCCCAAUUGCUCACCACUGGCCUUAACUCCUCCUCAGCCUCAUCCUCCACUAGUCUCAUCAACAUGUAUGCUAAAUGCAACCAAAUGAACCAAGCCCUUUUAGUUUUUAACCACAAUGCGGAUUAUGCUCGUAAUGUUUUUGCAUAUAAUGCAUUGAUUUCAGGGUUUGUUUUAAAUGGGUUGCCAAAAGACGGAUUGGAAGUUUAUAAGGAAAUGAGAAAGGCAGGGGUUUUGCCGGAUAAGUAUACGUUUCCAUGUUUAAUUAAAGGGCUUUGUGAGUUUAUAGAGGUUGCUGAGGUGAAAAAGAUUCAUGGGUUAGUUUUUAAACUUGGUUUAGAUUUGGAUAUGUAUGUGGGUAGUGCUAUGACCAGUAGUUACUUGAAGCUUGAGUUAAUGGAAGAGGCACGUGAGUUGUUCGAUGAAAUGCCUAAAAGGGAUGUCGUAUUGUGGAGUUCCAUCGUUAAUGGGUAUGCACAGAUUGGUCGGUUCAACGAGGCGUUGGGGGUUUGCAGGGAAAUGAGUCGAGAAGGGAUUCUGAUGAGUAAGUUUACUGUUAGUGGGAUUUUGCCAAUUUUUGCUGCGAGGGAGGAUUUCAAUAAUGGAAGGGUGGUUCAUGGGUUCAUGAUAAAAAUGGGCUUUGAUUCUUGUGUUUCAGUUUGCAAUGCAUUGAUUGAUACGUAUGGGAAGUGCAGGUGUAUUGUUGAUGCAUUACAAGUUUUUGAAACAAUGAAUGAGAAGGAUUUAUUUUCUUGGAAUUCAAUUUUAUCCGCUAAUAAGCAGUGCAGUGAUCAUGAUGGAACUUUGAGGUUGUUUGAUAGAAUGUUAGGUGAUGGGGUUCGGCCUGAUUUGGUAACAAUUACUACCAUUCUUCCUGCAUUCUCUCAUCUGGCUGCACUGGUGCAUGGUAGACAGAUUCAUGGCUACAUGAUUGUUAAUGGGUUUGUUAAGGAUGGUGAGAGUGAAAAUAUGUACAAUUUGCAAACUAUUAAUGCUGUUAUGGACAUGUAUGCUAAAUGUGGGAGUAUGAGAGAUGCUGGCAUGGUGUUUAUUAACAUGAGCAGGAGGGACACAGCAUCAUGGAAUAUAAUGAUCAUGGGAUAUGGUAUGCAUGGUUAUGGCAAUGAGGCGUUAGAUAUGUUUUCAGAAAUGUGCAAGGCAGGAAUUAAGCCCAAUGAGAUCACAUUUGUGGGAGUUUUGUUAGCUUGCAGUCAUGCAGGUUUUAUAAGCCAAGGGCGUAAAUUUCUCAGGGAAAUGGAGUUGAAACAUGGUGUGGUUCCAACCAUUCAGCAUUACACUUGUGUUAUUGACAUGCUUGGGCGAGCUGGACAGCUUGAGGAAGCCUAUAAGUUGGCCAUAACAAUGCCUAUUGAGGCUAAUCCAGUUGUAUGGAGGGCUUUGCUGGCAGCAUGUCAGCUCUAUGGUAAUGUAGAUCUUGCUGAGGUUGCUGCACAAAAAGUAUUCGAGCUCGAUCCUGCGCAUUGUGGUAACUACAUAUUGAUGUCAAAUGCUUAUGUGGCAGCUGGUCGAUAUCAGGAAGUGUUAGACAUUAGACAUACAAUGAGGCAACGAGAUAUGAAGAAGACACCAGGAUGUAGCUGGAUUGAACUCAAGAACGGCAUGAAUACUUUUAUUAACGGUGACCGAACCCAUCCUGAAGCCAGGCUGAUUGAUCCAGUAUUGCUCUUAUUGACUGCUCAUAUUCGUGAGCGUGGAUAUGAGCUGCACCUCUAA